GGGAGAAAAAGGAAAAAAAAAAAUAAAAUCUUAAAAAAAAAAAAAAAUCCCCUGCAUCUCUCACUAACCCCAGCCCAGGCUUGCCCAGCUGGGUACCACGUACAUACCCACUGUUUUUGGGCUUUUUGUGUGUAUGAGGAAGAUUGGCCCUGAGCUAGCAUCUGUUGCCAAUUCUCCUCCUUUUGCUUGAGGAAGACUGUCGCUGAGCUAACAUCUGUGGCAGCCUUCCUCUAUUUCUUUUAUGUGGGAUGCCACCACAGGGCAGCUUGAUGAGUGGAGCUAGGUUGGCACACAUGAUCUGGCAAACCCAGGGCUGCCAAAGCCAGCCUGCAAAUUCAAUCCCUAUGCCACCAGGCUGGCCCCCAGGGUCCUCCUUCUUUUGCUGACUUGUCUUUUCAUAGAACAUCUGUCAGAAGAGGCCUCAGCUUAGUGCCCAGAUGGCUUAACUAGCCCAUAUGCUGGACACCAGGGUGUCCCAGGGCUGAGGGUCAUUUUUCCCUGGCGAGCCAGGGCCGGGGGCUUCCACAUUUCCACUAUGUUUGCCACAUCAACACAAAGUCUCACCGAAUUCAGAAUAACUAACUGCAAAGGUCCAGCCUGGUGUGACCUUGUAAGAGCUGAGGGGCCCUGACCAGUAAACCCCAAAAGCCACCGCUCCCCCCACCCCAUGGCCGGUGGAUCCUUGUCAGGGAUCUUAUCAGCCUCUCUCCAGCACCUUUCCACCUCUGCUCACGGGAGAUGGACCCAUCCUGAUGCUCCUUCCGGGAUCAACCGGCCGCCCCCUCCCCCGCAAUUUCCUCCCCUUGCGGACGAUUCCAGGCUCCAGGCCUACCCCCCUAACAGAUCCGGGGUGACGAGGACCCCUGGGGUCCACCUGCCAACCCAAGCUACGCGCCUACCACGCCCAUUCCUACUCCACUUAGAGGAAAAGGAGAGCAGUUCAAAGGUUUAAAGAAUUUAUUGUGCUCCCGCAAAAGCUGACCGGAUGGAAGGAGGCGCCCGGCAGUCACGCGCCCCGAGCGACUGUUCCCCUCGCACCCAAAGGCGGGGGCGGGUGGGGAGCUGGAAAGGGCGGCGCGGAGACAGUGGCGCCGGCCAGGAUGGGGGGGCCGGGGUGCUGCCUCCGCCAUUGGCGUCUAGGGGCUGGUAACCAUGGCAACGGCCGUUGAAGGCGAGAGCCAAUAGGGGCUUUGCCCGGGCUGUUUCAAAAAUCUAAAGCAAAGGACAAAAAACGCUACAACGGCGGGGGAUGGGAGGGAUGAAGAGGGGAUGGAGCGGCCCGAGCCCCUCCCUGCGGCUCAGAACAGGCGCCGCGGCCCCGGCCGGGUUAAACGCACAACACCUCCAGACGGUUGGAGUAGAAAAACCGAACCGUAGAGAGACCCAGCUCGCUGGCGGUGAUGGGAUCUUCGUCGCCCCGCCUCACCGGAGUUCAUCCUCCCGCCCCGCAUCUGACCCCAUUCCCACCCACUGUAGUCCAGAUUGCAGUCCACAGAUGGGACCCAGAGUGCGCACCUCUCGUCACCCAGUAAGGCUGCCACCGGGAUGGUGGUGCUGGUGGCAGCUGGGUCAGCGGCUGGGGCGGAAUCGGCAGCGGUGGAGGUGGUGGCGGCAGCUACCUAGAGAUCUGAAACCUCGGGGCCUAAGGAGAGGAAGGCGGACACGCUGGCCCCGGUCUCCCAUCAGUCCUCCUCUCCCCUCCCUGCGUCUGGGAGCCCAGCUUCCGGGAGUUGAAGCCGGCUACCAAGUGCGCAUGCGCGGGAAAGAGAGCCUCUGGCCUCGCCAAGACCGCUGUGGUUGCUUAGCACCGUGGUUGCCAGGUUCUGAGCGAGCCCGAGCGUUCUCUGGUGGUGGACAGAUGCCGGCACAGGCUGUUUCUGCUGCUUUAGUGGCAGGCUGUUGCCUGUUUUCUCCAGUGGGUCCUUCAGAAGUGAGGGAGAAGGGAAGAAAGUGUGGAUAGAUUUUUGGUGUGAAGCUGCGGUGCAGGCCAUCUUCAGUCUGUGUCAAAAUGACCUUGCAACCCAACACCUCAAGACUGAAGAUGCCAGCUGGACAGAUCCUCAAUAGGAAAAGGUGAGCUGCCACAACAGCAUGGCCACUGACGGAUGAGCGGUGUAGGUCCGCAUCCAGGAACUGAACGUGGGCUGCCCAAUGCAGAGCAUGCCAAAAUUAACCACUAGGCCACCAGGGCUGGCCUGCACAUUGACUUUUUUUUCACGUAUAUAUUCUGAAUGGAAGCAUGAUAUCUCUGAUUGGUUUUACAGUUUUGACACUGGAAGCAUGUAAAUAUCUUACAUAAUGAAAAAAAUUAAAUCAAAAAAGGAGAAAAAAAGCCAGAACAACUCCUAAAAAUGGAAAACAAAUGGAGACAAGUAAAUCUACAUAUCAAGUUAGGGCCAUAAUCACACAGAGAAGAAUUACUUCAAAUGGCUUUAAAUGUAGUACUUUGAGUAUAUCCUAAAGGAGAAAAAAAUACUUGCAGAGAAAUCUUAAACUACAUUCAAUAGUCUUUUUGUUAGUAGUAAUAUUGGCAUUAUUGUUAAUUUGGAACUAAUAUAUAUAUAAAGAAACUUAGAGAAAGAAAGGGAGGAAGACAGAUCAGUUUUGACCCCCAAGGGACAUAUAGCAAAGUCUGGAAGCUCUGGAGACAUUUUUGAUUGUCACAACUUGGGGAAGGGGGGAUAUAAGGGGAUGGUACUACUAGCAUCAAUGAGUAGAGGCCAGGGAUGCUGCUAAACAUCCUACAGCGCACAGGACAGUCCCCCACAACAAAGAAUUAUCUGGCCCAAAAAUGUCAGCAGUGCCAAGGUUGAGAAAUAUAUGUAGAUUAAACAAAUAAACAUUUUAACGCAAUAAGAAGUCAAGAUCUUCAGUAUAAAAGAUACGAAUACAAAGCAAAAAAGGUAAGAAACAACCUUAUAUUCUUUAAUUUUAAUUGGAUGUGUCAGUAUAAACACAUAUCUUUUAAAAAAAUAUAUAUUUUCAAAAAAGUGCAUUUCUCCUAAUUCUGUCCACUUAAAACCUCUAGAAGCAAUAAUAACCCAGUACUAAUGAGCAACCAUAGUGCCUAGAUUGUGGUCUCCAAAUAUCAUUUCCUACUUAAGGAAGCAAGGGUUUUUUUUUUGUUUUAUUUUUUUAAGAUUUUAUUUUUUUCCUUUUGCUCCCCAAAGCCCCCUGGUACAUAG